UGUCCAAUGUGGAGCUCUGUUCUUCGGAGCGUCAUUCGGUGCGCGCGAAAUUUCCCUUCAUUCUGCACCUGUGCUUGCGCCUGGACUCGCGCGUCGACGAACCUCUCUCGUGUGACCUCUGAGGCCUGCGGGACCCUGAACGAGGACUUCGGGUCACCCCGGAAUCUGGGAAUGGAGGCAGUGACCUUGGAGGACGUGGCCGUGAACUUCACCCUGGAGGAGUGGGCGCUGCUGGACCCUGCCCAAAGGCAGCUCUACAGAGAUGUGAUGUGGGAGACCCUCAGGAACCUGAUUGCCGUGGGACAAAAAUAUGAAGACCUGAACUUUGAAGACGAAUCCCAAAACCCUGGGAGCUCUUUAAGAAGUCAAAUUGUAGACAAACUCUAUCAGUAUAAUGAAGGUACUCAACAUGGAGGAAUCUUCAACCAGGUUCCAGAACGUGUUGUGAAGGAGCAAAAUCUCCCUCAAGCAUCGCUGCGUAAGGGCUGUGUGUUGAGAGGUGGCCUCAUUGGUCGGUCAUCGCUAGAGGUGCCCCUUAGAGCUGACACUGUGUGCAGAAUUUAUGAGGACCAGGAAUGUGGGAAGAAGAUGAAACACAGGGAAAAUGGGAAAACCUUGAGCUGUCCUCAAGGCUUCCAGAAAGCUGAAAGGUCACAGGCUGGAGCAAAACCUUGUGACCUGGAGCAAGAUGGGCAUGACCCUAUGGAUUCCCAUUCUCUUCAGAAACAAGGGAGAAUUUGCAGCGGGAAGGAAUCGCAUGUGGGGGAAAGGUACACGAAUCCCAGUUCCCUUCAGACACGUGAAAGAAUUCACACUGGAGAAGGCUAUGUGUGUGUGCAGUGUGGGAAAGCCUUUGCUCGGCCCAGCUCCCUUCAGACACACAAAAGAACUCACACUAGAGAGAAACCCCACGCGUGCAAGCACUGUGGGAAAGUCUUUCGUCAUUUCAGUUCCCUUCAGGCACAUGAAAGAACUCACACUGGAGAGAAACCCUACGUGUGUAAGCAGUGUGGGAAAGCCUUUGCUCGGUUCAGCUCCCUCCAGACACAUGAAAGAAUUCACACUGGAGAGAAACCCUACGCGUGUAAGCAGUGUGGGAAGGCUUUCACUGACCUCAGUUCCCUUCGAUACCAUGAAAGAGCUCACCUGGGAGAGAAACCUUAUGUAUGUAGCCAUUGUGGGAAAGCUUUUAUUUGUUCUGGUACCUUAAAAAGACAUGAAAGAGUUCACACUGGAGAGAAGCCUUAUACAUGUACAGAAUGUCAGAAAAGUUUCAUUUGUUCCAGUAGCCGUAAAAAGCAUAUGAAAAUUCAUGCAGCAGAUAAUCAGCGUUCAUGUAAGCAAUGUGGGAAAACCUUCAUCCAUCCAAGUUCUCUCCAAUACCAUGAAAUGGUUCACAGUGGAGAGAAAACUGAGGUUUGUGAUCAGUGUGGAAAAGCGUACAUUCAUGCCGCUUCCCUUCGAUACCAUCAAAUAGUUUGCCAUGGGAAAAAGCCCACCCGAUGUAAGCAGUAUGGAGAUGAGUUCUCUGUGCCUGAGUUUCAGGGUUAUGAAGGGACCCGCAGUGGAAAAGGUCAAUAUGAGUGUGAGCAGUGUGGGAAAGUCUUCUUUUGGCAAAGUAGUUUUCGAAGCCAUAAAGAGCUCCACAGUGGAAGAAAACAAUACGAAUGUAAGCAUUGUAGGAAAGCCUUCCGUUGGCAAACCAGUCUUCAAAGACAUGAACAGUUUCACCAUGAAGAGAAACGAUAUAUGUGUGAGCAGUGUGGGAAAGCCUUCCUUUGGGAAAGUAGUUUCCAAAAACAUAAAAAAUUUCACAGUGGGGAGAAACCACGCAAGUGUAAGCAAUGUGGGAAAGCUUUCUCUCGUCCUAGUCAGUUGAGAAAACAUGAGAAAAUUCACAGUAGAGGCUAAGCCUGUGGAUAAGCAGGGUAGGAAAACCUGUGGAUUACUCAGGUGUCCCUGAUGCAUGCAAAAACACUGCGGGGAAGGGCUAGCUGUCUGGCUGCCUUUCGCAGACAUGGAAGAAUCACAGUCGGAGGUAGCUGAGGUUGCAGGGGUGCCACCAUGCCAGCUGCUGCUUCUCCUUUUAAUGGAACAGUGAUAAAACACUUUACAUUCCUUUUACAUGUUUACUUGAUACAUAUUUCCUCUGGACCUAAAGCCCCAUGAGCUUGAAAUUAAUAAACGGUUUCACCUUUAACUGAGA